AUGUUCCACAUUUCCUUGUCUUGCGUUAAAAGGUCUGGUUGCCAAGGUUCUUUUGCGUUGCAGGGUUGCUCCGAAGGAACCAAUGGCCAAACCAAUGGCCUUUCCGACCGGUUUUCCAGCCUCGGGCUUCAUGGAAAGUGCAGGAAGAAGCACCUGCUGAACCUGAUCUGUGGGGUUAAGGCCCGGCUGGAUGGCAAGGUGGACAGUCUGAGCUUCCCGAUCCCCCAGUUCGUCGUCAUUGGGAAGCAGAGUGUGGGCAAGUCCAGGCUCAUUGAGGCCUUGGCCGGUGAGACCUUCAACUUCGUCUCCGGCACCCUUGGUUCCAGGCGGCCGACGGUCCUGGAGUUCCGCAAUGUGCCGGGCCUGAACCCCUCGAGGUGGUCCGUCUUUGAUGAGAACCUGAAGACGUGGGCAUCAUACCCCGUGCAGGAGGUGAUGCAAAUAGUGGGCAAUGCCCACGAGGCAUGUGGGCAGAAUGUCAGCGAGAUGCCCAUCAGGGUUAAGGUGGAAGGCCAAGACUGCACGGACCUGGGCCUGGUUGACCUGCCUGGGUUCAGGUCCUAUGCCAAGGAUGAUUCCAUGGCAGCCCUGGCUAAGAAGAUCGACACCAUGGUUUUCAAGUUCAUGAAUGACGAGAACAACAUCAUGCUCUGCGUCGAAGAGGCUGGCGAUGCAGCAGGCUUUGCCACGCUGGGAAAAGCAAAGCAAGUGGAUCCCACGUACAAGCGCACCGUCUUGAUUAGGAACAAGCUUGACAAGUACUAUGGCGAUCUGACCCCGGAGAACAUCAACAAAUGGCUGGAAGGGUACGGCGACUUGCCGCCGCACCUCGCCCGCUUUGCCGUGUCUUUGCCCCACUGGACGGGUGAAGCCAUGCCAAAGGCCUUUGGGGACAUGCGCAAGGACUGCUCGGAACGAGACAUGGAGAAGUUGUCCUCGCUGGGCGCUUCCGCGAAGUACAAGAUGACCAUCGGCUUCCAAAACUUCAGAAACUACAUGGAGAUCAAGAUCCAGCAGCUCUUUGCAGACGCUUUGGCACCCAUGCUGAGCCGCCUGAAGCACAUGCAGGAGGAGCACCUGAAGAAGCUGGAAGUGAUCAAACAGGAGACCGAGACCAUCAAUGAGGACAACAUUCUCCAUGCCACUCGCUCCGCUGGCAUCACCUUUGCCCAGAGCUUCAUCUUCCUGAUGGAGGGUGCUCUCUCAUCAGAGCACAACAGAUGUACUUUGGAAGAAGAGCUCAAAGCUUUCCAUCAGCACUGCGCACGGACGAAGUGCUUGAAGGAGGAAGAGCUGUUGCCCGACAUGUUCAAGGAUCUGGAAACCUAUGUCACCUACCUCCGGGACACUGUGAAGUUGCCUGCCAUGGACGUCUCCCUGAACGGAGGGGCCCAAUUCCGAAGGCUGAUGUACGAGGUGGAGGUCUUUACUCGCUUCGCCGGCCUUGGCAAGAAAUUGGCGCCCGUAGACGUGAUCCAGGCGCGCGGAUCUGGCCUCAGAGAGUGCACCUGGCAGGACACCAUCACUCAGCUGAUGAUGCAGACUGCUCCAAGUAGAAUGCGCACCAAGACGAGCUAUGUCGGUGAGCGGCUGAAGUUCUUCUUUGGCGAGCAGAAGGAGGCCACGGUGCAGUUUAUGCUGGGCUUGAUGGGCUCGCCGGAGGAGCACAUGUUCUCUCGGCUCAUCCCCAAGCAGGCGCAGGUCAUCCAGCGCAACGACACGAUGAAGCGCUGCAUUUUUGAAGCCUUCGAUGCAGCCUGCGAUCACCACAGAGUGCGCUUCAUGCAGAUGUGGAUCGAUUUCAUGGACAGCAUGUUCCAGUCGCCGCUGAUGCUUCUGAAAUCCGGGUCAAUGCCAGCAAUUGGAGGGAGCUACGAGGAGGAGAUUGCUCCAACUUUUGAAUCCACAAAGGCGCGCAUCAAGCAAGAGCGAAGAGGCAGAGGAACCUUGCAGACAUCACUGAGGGAAAAGGUGAAGCAAAUUCCCGAUGACGACCAAAGUGCCAAUGAGUCCGUCGUCAUGGUGCAGAGGAUCAUCGAGCAGACCUUUGGGGUCAUCCGCAGCGUGGUUGCGGAUCAUAUGCAGCUGUAUUCAGAAUCCUUCUUUUUGCUGCCCAUGCUGCGGCGACUUGAGGGCGUCAUGGCUCAGAUGGAGCUUCAGGAGGAGGACAAGACAAGCUACCGGGCUAGGAAGUCCGUACUGGACGCGGAGAAGAAGGUCUCCGAAGGCCUGCUGGAAGACCUGACCUACUGCGUGGAGUCAGUAAAGAGAUUUAAGGUAACCUGUGUAUAUGACAUGGUCUCCGGCAGAGGCAGCUCUUGGGCCACAGUCUGGACGGGGGCCUUCUGCCCCCUCGCUGUUCGCCAGCUUCGGACGCCAGCGAGGCAGGGCUUGAGCAGGUUGGUUUGCGGGACCCCUCGCAACCGGGACCCCAUUUGUCGGGACACCAUAGAUGUCACCUUUAGCGCCAGGCACCUGCUGUGGGUGGACUUUGUCAGGCCGCCAGGCCGAGUGCAGCUCGAGGAACUCUGGGUGGCGCCAAGCCACCUAGAUGCGCUGGAGGAGUCGGUGGUUUUCGUGGUGCGCGUGCGAGCGGGUGACCACGACCGCUUGACUCUGCAGGAGGUGCGGCGAGUGGAAGUUGAGCCAGAAGAGCCGGAGGGCGACCUGGAGCGACCACGCAUUCUGCGGGGCAGCCUUCAGUUGGAGCUGGACGGCGAUCAAGGGGACCUUCUGGGACUCUUUGACGGUUGCGAAGGCCUUGGCCCGGUGGCCGCGGCUGCAGGGCCCGAGCAGGCCUCGGCCUUCACUCUUGAGGGCGCGGUGGUGCCUGGCAUGGAGGUGUCUCCAGCACCUUCACCUUCCCUGGCGCCGGCAUGGGCCUUCUCUUUCCAUCUCGCAGAAGGAGCUGAGGAUGCCCGCACAGGGGGUGCCCUGCAGCUGCUGACCCGGGUGCUGGAGGAGGCAAAGUGUACCAAUGAAGACAGACUGCUCAAGAACCUCUACAGCCUGUCGCAAUGCCAUUGGCUGCACCGCUAUCCGACCUAUGUGCUCCACACGGCGCGCUUGGAGGGGGUAGGGGACCUGCAGCUGCUGCAGUGGAUGGACGCCCACCGCGCCGAAGGCGCGGAGGCGACCGAAGCGCUGAACCCCUCGGAGCUUUCUCCAUGCGACAGCGACAGCGACAGCGACAGCGACAGCGACAGCGACAGCGACAGCGACAGCGACAGCGACAGGGACAGCGACAACGGCAACGGCAACGGCAACGACAACGACAACGACAACGACAACGACAACGACAACAACAAAGCCAACGCCAACGCCAACGCCAACGCCAACAACGCCAACAACGCCAACAACGCCAACAACGCCAACAACGCCAACCACGCCAACAAAGCCAACAAAGCCAACAACGCCAACAGCGCCAACAACGCCAACAACGCCAACAACGCCAACAACGCCAACAACGCCUACAACGCCAACAACGCCAACAACGCCAACAACGCCAACAACGCCAACAACGCCAACAACGCCAACAACGAGAUGGCAAAGGGGGACUAUGUCUAUGGGCUUUUUGAAGUUGGCCUCGAAGACCCCUGCUGCACCCAGGGGUGGUCCAACUUCCUGAAAGAGUGGGUGUUGCUUAACGACAUGCAGCUUCCAAAUCCUGCAGAAGUGAUGUCCACCGCGGGGCUCAACAUCACUCAGACGGAGGAGCGGGAGGGCGUGGAGCAGAUGUUCGAGGUUCCUCUGGGGCCUUUGUCCUUGACCUGGGGCACUGCUUGGGAGGUCUUGGACCUCAACUUCUUCACCUCCGAGCCCUUGGUGCAUUUCUCGAAGCGGGUAGAGGGAACGCUGGGCCACUACAGGUACAAUUGGGGCGACCACCUGAUCCGGGCCUACCAGGUCCAGCUCUUCGCACCCCUGAGCCGGGUGCGGUGCUUCGACGCCGCGGAGUUGCCUGGCAGUCACGGCUGCUCUUCCUCCGGGCAGUUUGAGAGAGAGGAGAAAGGCUGGGAGAACAUCUACAGCAUGUUGGACAACAUCUCUUGCCCGCACCUUUGGCUUGGGCAGGGCUUGAGAGGUGUGCCUUGGCCUGGAGGCCCUGGGGGUGGGAAAUCUCCCGUUCCUUGCCUCAAGCUUUGCAACGAGCACACAUUUUGCCAGGGCUUCGACUAUGUCUUCCGCGAGAAUUUGGGCACUGCAGACUGCAUGCUGCGAGAUGGCCGUGCCUCGAAGGAGGCCUGCCACUUGGGCAUCGAGCCCUGGGCGCAGCUGGAGGUUACCGAAGUGACCCAGUUCGGAGCUGCGAACCGCUACGAGCUCAUCGAGCGCAACGUGGAAAGGCAUAUGAACUGCAGUCAGUGGCGCGAGGAGAUCAAUGAGAAGCUGCACAAAGUGGGCGGCGCGAAACGUCUCGAAGACCUUUCAUGA